AUGGCCGCAGAGAAAGACACUGAUGGGCACGGUGUGCAGUGUUGUGAUCAGGAGUCAGAAACGGGCGGCAGUGGUGACGGCCUGCAGCCCAUCAUCUUCAACCCUGACUUCUUCGUGGAGAAGCUGUGUCAUGAGCGGCCCGAGGCCUUCACCGAGCUGGUGCUGAGCAAUAUCACGCGACUCAUCGACCUCCCGGGGGCUGAAUUCUCACAGUUACUGGGUGACGAGGAGCCCAAGACACCCAAUGGCACUACAGCUGGAGGCUUCUUCUGCUCGUUCAACUUCCUCAAACGCAAAGACAAAGGUGUUGUGUUCAGCAUGCCUCUCACAGAGGAAGGAGUAGCCCAGAUAUAUCAACUCAUCAUGUUCCUCAGCAAAACUGAGUUUCAGAUGUACAGCGCUUCUAGGACUCUUAGUGACUCCUAAUGACUGUAAUUAAAUACAGAGGCCCCCAAAAGUAUUUAGACACUUGAAGUGCAGUCCUGUUUUUCAGAACAACAGUUUGCAGAAUGAACACAGCUCACAUUGAAAGUCACCUUUAAACCAGCAGCUUUCUGUUGG